UAGCUGCAUCUAGGGGUUCAAAGGCCCCUGGCCAGCGCGUCCUGCCUGCUAGCCCUGUAAUUAGACUGCUUGCCCACGCGUGGUUGGCUCCCAUUCUUUGGCUUCCAACUGCCAUGAGGGAUGAAAGGUGGACGUCUCUGUGAUUAUGGGGGUAAAAGAUGGGUACUGAUAGCUGCAGGGUGUGGAUAGAGGGGGCAUGAAAACAAGGGUAAGGUGAUCCCUGGGUCACUGAUUGGGAGAGCCAGGCGGCUGGGCCAUGGGCUGGAGUACUAAAAUGAGAGGUGCCACUAUCGUCAGAGGCUAUAUAUUAGUCAUGACCUUCCAAACAAGUCCGACCAGUUAGGUUCUGAUGAGAGUCCUUGAGUCACUGGGCUGGCUCCUCCCCAGAGAUUAGCUUCCUCCUCUGCCUCCUUGCCUAUAAAGCCUCUUGGGUUCCCAGACACCCAGACAGCUCACACCCCCUACUUUGGGGGUCAGGAGACAGCCAUGGUACUCAGCUGGAAACUACUGGGGAUCCUGGUCCUUUGCCUGUGCUCCCAAGGCAUCUCAGGCAGCGGGGACCACCCCACUCCCUCACCCAAAGAGGCCCACGAGGAAGAGGGCUCCCCAGCAUGGCCUCAGGGCCCCCCAAUCCCCGGUGACCCCUGGCCAGGGGUGCCCCCUAUCUUUGAGGACCCUCCACCUCCAGGCCCCAAUCGUCCCUGGAGAGACCUGCCUGAAACUGGAGUCUGGCCCCCCAAGCCCCCUACAACAGAUCCGCCUCAACCUCCCCGGCCUGAUGAUCCCUGGCCGGCAGGACCCCAGCCUCCAGAAAACCCCUGGCCGCCUGCCCCUGAGAUGGACCACGGGUCUCAGGAGGAGCCAGACCUUGACCUGCCCCGGCAGGAGUACAGAUAGCCAGGCAGAGAGCUCCUGCUUCCAGGCACCCUCGCUGGGUGAGCACCCAAUUCUCCAGGCAGAGUGCACCCAAGCCCACCCCUACCCUUUGAAUUCCCAUGAAAGUCUCCCCAGUUUAGCCUAACUCCUCAAUUCCUUUUCCCGUCCCCUCAAUUUUAUUCUGAACCCCGAGGUGUUGUUCUCAGUAUUUUCUAUACCCUUUUGAUAUUCUCACAUUUGCCCUCCUUUUUCCUCUGACAGCCUAAGCAUGCACCUCUGCCUUACAUCCAGGCCUCUCCCCUCCCUCUGCUUCUCCGACCUCCUUCCCACCUCCUCUCCCGCUUCCCUGGGAACAGGGCUGGCGACACUGUGUUCUCUGCUGUCACCUGGUGGCCACAGCUGGAACUAUCAGCAGGCAAUGACAGUACAAACUUUCUUGAAAUGGAAAAAU